CGCCAUCUUAGUAACCAUUCCGAGCGAAGUCAAAAGAAGCUUUGAACAUGUGACCGUGCUGGAGGAGGAAGCGGAAGGGUUAGGUUUAAGUCGCAUGGAAAGGAAAGAACUUCAGGGAACGUAAAGGCGGGAGAUUAAGGCGAGGGCUAUAGAGGUCAUUAAAUUAUGCGUCACAUCCACGUCUAUAGCCCUCACACCUGCUGCAGCUGGAAUCUGGAGGCUUCUCUCUUGUUUUGAGUGUGCAACCGCGUCUAUCUAUUGCUGUCUUGGAUGCUGCCAAUUUGCCAGGAGCGGAGUCCGGCUGACUGAGGGCCACCACGAGGGUAGAUGCGGACCGGUCGCGUUCUUGCAGGAACUGUCAGCUGUGGCACCCUUAUGGAUGUAGUGCCAUCACUUGGGACUGAGUUUCUGGACUUCCUACCCUUUGUCUGCGAUUCAACCAUGUUUGCCUGACACCUGGAUUACCUUGCUGACUUUAACUCUGCUAACCUCCCCAAUACUCUGCCUCUUAACCAGUAGUCUUUUUCUACAUCAAACAGCCUUGUGGUACUGACAAUUUUGAGGUUACAACUAAACAUGCCAAAUUGCAUUGUAAAGGGAUGUCCUCACAGAUCAGGACAAAAAUUAAAAUACCCGGAUGUUACACUUCAUCCAUUUCCACAUAAUUUACAUCAAAUAAAGAAAUGGCUUCUGCAAACAGGUCAACAUGGUAAUGACCUUGAGUCACUGGCAGACAAAAUACUAAGAGGAGCCAAAAAUUCAAAUUUUAGAAUGUGCUCUACACACUUCUCAGAAGAGUAUUAUACAUUUAAAGGCUCAAAGAGGAUGCUGAAGCCAAAUGCAGUUCCAACAAUUUUCUAUACUUCCCCAGUACUUCCAAUAAUAAGAGCUCAAAGUACUUCAGUUCCUGCAGCAAAGAGAAUGAGAGUAGAUGAUCCUGAACCAUCAACAUCAUUCACAGUUGUACGUGUGGUUUCAAGACUUAUCACUGUUGGGACACAAACUGAUCACAGAAGAAAUCGAACUGAUGUUAGUACAAUGACAAAGAAAUUGUCUAAAGAUAAGGAUGUUGCAACACAAACCGAACCACCAGUUAAAAUGGAAAUUGCUAUACAAACGGGUGAUGAUUCAAUUGAAGCAGAGCUUUGGAAGGUCCAGAAAGAUCAUAUAUACCCAGUUUGUUUUAUCGAUCCCUAUAAAAGUAUAGAUCCCCUUGAAAGUAUAUCUGAAAGUAAAGAGUCCCAUUCUGCAAAAGGAUGUUUAUCUACUCUUCAUACAUCAAAAGGGGAAUCCUCACAAAACCCAACAAAUUCACUAGAGGGCUUCUCAACAGAUCAAAAUUUUCUUAAUCAAACUACUGAAAGUCUAGAGCAGUCUACCGUACACCAACAUCGUGAUUAUGUCAGACAAAGAAAAUUUAUCAUCUUUGAGGAGAAUCUUGAUAGUCUACUGUAUUUGAUUAAAUGCCAGCAUCCACAAACAACACCAUGUCAAGCACCAAUUUUAAAUAUUCAGAAAUUCAUUAAUGGAAGCAUGAUUCAAGUAAGGCUUUUAUGCUUGGAUGGUCACAAGUCGCUGAUAUGGAACUCUCAGCCAUUAUCUGGUGACAUUUCUGUUGGAAAUGUCUUAUUGGCCAACAGUGUGCUUGUUUGUGGUUUGUCAUUUCAAAAAGUUAAGAAGAUGUUGGAUUUAUUAAGUAUCCCAUUUUUUUCACAGACUACAUAUUGCAAAUAUCAAAUGUCCUACCUUUUUCCAUCAAUUGAUCUACAGUGGCGCCAUGAACAAGAGAGUACUCAAAAGGAAUUGUCUGGAAAAUCUGUUGCUUUAGCUGGAGACUGUCAGUUCGAUACUCCUGUCCACUCAACCAAAUAUUGUACAUACACCAUGAUGGAUGUAAUGUCCAAAAAAAUUCUUUCCUUUACUAUUGACCAACUUGGAAAAGGAAAAACCUCUGUAGGGUUAGAAAAAGCUACAUUUGAGACAUGCUUGGAUAAACUAUUAGAUGACAAUAUAGAUGUCAAGAUCAUUGCUACCAGCCGUCAUGAUGGUAUCGAAAAACUCGUGGCAACAAAAUACUCUAGCAUUGACCACCAGAUUGAUGUGUGGAAUCUGUGUAAGAGUGUAUCAAAAAAACUGGUUGCAGCAAGUAAGAAAAGGGACUGUCGUGACAUCUGCAAGUGGAUCUCUGCCAUAACAAAUCAUCUGUGGUGGUGUGCGCAGACCUGUAAUCAAGAUGUUGACGUUUUGCUUGAUAAAUGGAAGUCUGUUAUGUUCCAUAUAGCAAAUAAACACCGUUUCCAUUCAUUGGAAAAUUACAAACAUUGUCAACACAAGAGACUUAAUGCUGUGAAAGAGCGCAAGUGUGCUUGGAUUACAUCCGAACAUCCUGCACAUACGCCCCUGUCUAGGAUUAUUAAUGACCAAGCCUUGCUCCGAGACAUUUCAAAAAUAGAAAAAUUUUGCCACACGAGAGACCUAGAGAGCUUUCACAGCAAAGUCCUAAAAUACAAAUCUAAAAGAUCGGCAUUCAGCAUGGACUCAGUGUACACAGAUACAAUUUUGGCUGCUCUUUCACAUAACAGAAAUGUUAGUAGAGAGGAUGUAAAUAUAAAUUGCGCACAAAAAUCGCCUUUGCCUUUUGGAGAAAAACGCUGUAAAGUAGCUUUCUCCAAGUCGGAAAACAGGGAUGAUAAAUUUGUUGGUGAAGAUGUUGUUGAGAAUUAUUUGCUUGACAUAAUGUCAAACUCUCUAAAAAUUCUGAAUGGAGAGCUGGUUAAUCAGUGGUCAUCAAGGUCAAGAAUACUCCGCUAGGUCAAGAAUAUUAUCUACAUUUUAGACUUUUUUUGAUAUUCACAGACUUUAUGAUCUAACAACUUUGCAGAGCAAUGGAAUACAUCUUUUUUUUCAUAAAGGCAGGAAAUGUUUCAUAUGCUAAUGUGAUAGUAAUCCAUAAUCGGAUAUCAAAUGUCCUGGACCUAUUUUAUUUUUAAUUUAGAAUAUGCCAAGGUUUAUGGUUAAAGUAAUUCAGAAAUGUUAUUUCUUUAAAGGGGUGGUUCACCUUUAAGGUAACUUUUAAUGUUAUAGAACGACAAAUUCUAAGCAACUUUCCAAUUGGUUUUCAUUAUUUAUGUUUUAUAGUUAUUUGUCUUUUUCUUCUGCUUUCAAAUGGGCGUCGCUGUCCCCUACUAAAAAAACAAAUGCUAUGUAAGGCUAUAAAUUUAUUGUUACUUUUUAUGACUGAUCCUUCUAUUCAGGCCCUCUCCUAUUCAUAUUCCAGUCUCUUAUUCAAAUCAAUGCAUGGUUACCAAGCUAAUUUGGGCCCUUGUUACCAGAUUGCUUAAAAUGUAAAUUGAAGUGCUUCUGAAUGAAAAGCUAAGUAACUCAAAAACCUUCAGUAAUAAAAAAUGAAAAACAAUUGCAAAUUCUCAGAAUAUCACUCUCUACAUCCUACUAAAAGUUCUCAAAGGUGAACAAUCCCUUUAAGGUUAAGUCCUAGAUAUACAGGUAGGAUCUGUUAUCUGGAAACCCAUUCUCCAAAAAACUCUGAAGUACUAAAAGGUCAACUCCCAUAGACUCCAUUUUAUCCAAAAAUCUAACAUUACCUUCUACUUUAUCCAAACUAAGAUAUAACGAAUGCAAAUUGGAAGCAAAACCAGCCUGUUGUGUUUAUUUAACACUUGCAUUAUUUUCUAGUAGACUUAAGGUAUGAAGAUCCAAAUUACAGCUUCAUUAUCCAAAAAAACCCAGGUCUUGAGCAUAUGGACAACAGGUCCCAUAUCUGUACUUAAAUUGUACUUAUUGAAUGUUUAUUGUUCAAACUUUUAAAUCUUAAAAGAUACUGUGCUAAAUGUUUUGGUUUUUUUUCUAUUUCGCCUAACAUCAGGUACAUUCAGUUAUUCUCUAACUUCACCAAUUGAUGCUUUUAUAUUUCUUUUAUAAUGUUAUAUAAGAUUAACCUUUAUUUUUAUGAUGUAAAAAUAGCAUUGCGAUCAACACUAUUACUGUCCACUUCCUUAUUUAUAAACUUAAAAUAUAAAACGUAUGCAUUAAAGGGAUACUUCACCUUUA